AUUCAAACCUCCACCUAAUCUAACCUACCAAAGCCAUUGAAUGACACCUCUCUAACUCCCAAAUCCCUACCUCGAGGUGCCUCUCAACCCCCCACUCCCCCCUCUAUCUCCUCUCCUCGAAAAAAUACCACCCAAAAAAAUCCAAUCCCCCCCCAAACAAAAAAUAACCAAAACAUCACGCCAUGUCCCGAUCCGCCGCAGACGCAACUCGCUUCACGGCCACAGGCCCAUACGCGCACUCCAAACCCGGUGCCGCCCCCUACAAGCUCCCAGGCUUCAUGGCCGGCGCCCAAUCUCAGCCCACUGGACCCAGCGGCGGUCGUCCGGAGACACCGAAGGAGAAGGUCGAGCGGCUGCGGGCCCAGGCCAGGGCGGCCCGACUGGCGCAGUCGACUUCGCGCGUGGACACAAUGAUCGAUGUUGGGAGACGGUUUGCGAAUAAGGCGCAUAAGGCGAUGGUUUAUACGUUGAUUGCUGCUUCGGGUAUCUGUGGAGCGUUGACGGUCUACUCCAUGGUUUCUCUUACGCUAUAUAACCGUCGGCAGCGGGCGCUGUGGAUCGAGAAGGAGCUGCAGACGCUGCAGGAUGCGAAGACGGCGUAUGCGAGCGGCACGGCUACGUCGGAGCAGUUGGAGUUGCUGAAGAACGAGAAGAUCGGCGAGAUUUACCAGCAGAAGAAGGAGGAGGAGAAGGCGCAGCGGCCGUGGAAUAAGCUCAAGCGGUAUCUGUUUGAUGGGUUGAGUGCUGAGGAGGCGGCUGCUAAGAGUGAGGCGGUGGCGGCGGAGAAUAAUAAGCCUAGGGUUCUUGAGGCUUUGGAGGAGGCUAAUAAUGCUAAGGUUGCUGCUGCUGCUGUUGUGCCGCAGCCGGGUCAGUUGGAUGCUUUGGCGGAGAAUGCGGAGACGGCUGCGAAGGAAACGACGAGGAGCUGGAAGAGUUGGUUGACCGGUCGGUAAAGGUGGGGUUUUUUUUUAAUGAUGGGAGGAUGGAGGGGUUAGUGAGUGUGGUUGUUUUUCGAUGAUGUUCCGACUGGGCCUUUUUCUCUUUCCCUUUUUCCUUUUCCUUUUUCUUUUGCUUCUGUUGCAUGGCAUUUGGUCUCUUUCCCUUCUCCUUGUAUUCCACCGAUUUGGGCUUACGGCGUCUGUUAGGUGUGUUUUGAGCCGAUGUAAUACUGUUGUGUACAUAUACUUUCCAUCAGGGUCUCGGUCAUAGGUUUCGGCCCAAGAUAUGAAAAAUUAGAGCAUGGGGUGCGAAUCUAUAGGGGCGAGUGUGAAUAAGAUUGGAUCAUAGGGUCAUUGUCUC